AUGUUUCCGUAUGAAGGUGCACUUGGUGAGAUCAAAAAUGGUAAUGCAUAUACUCACGACGAAGCUCUGGACAUUCUACGACAUGCCAAGUCGCUCAAACUAUCGGUGAUCCCACUUGUACAAACAAUUGGACAUCUUGAAUGGAUACUCAAAACAAAAAACUUCGCAGAGUUCUGCGAGAAUCCAGACUAUCCCUUGGUAAUGAAACUACACUCCGAAGUAGGCAUGCCGUACGUACAUAUUGGAGCCGAUGAAGCCUACAUCAUGGGGGAAUGUCCUGCUGAUCUCAGGAUCCUACCCAAUUACGCUAAUAACAAAAAACGUUUGGUCUUUGAUUACUUAAAAAAGGUUGCUAAGAAUAUUACUCUACAAUAUCCGCAAACAAAGGUGAUCAUCUGGCACGACGAGUUCGAGAAUGUUAAUGACACAUUGGUAAAACAAUAUGAUUUAGACCGACUCGUAACCCCUGUAGUUUGGUAUUACCAGCCCGAUUUGGCUACGAAACUUCCGAAGUACAAAUGGAAGCAGCUUGCCCGUUCAUUCUCUUCUGUAUGGGGAGCUAGUGCCUUCAAAGGUCACGAAGUCAGGGAUGUGAUUAGAGAUUUCAUGCUUAUAAAGCAGCAGCACGAUAAUGCAAUGACUAGCGAAGAGGCGGAAUACCUUCAACCAUAUCAAGUGCAGUUGAAUGCUAGCAGUUCAUAUGGGAUAAGAAAGUUUGAGAAUAUGUACGAAAACUACUUACAACGCUUAGAUGAGAUGAUCAGUUUGCUCAGGUUUUCAAUGCAAGAAUUAUUCUACGAAGAUGUGUUCUUCGAAUUCAUGGCGGACUACAUCGAAUCAUUUUAUAGCGAUCUCGAGUCAAGACUGAAAAAUGUAAGAGCGAUCAAUUCGAGAAAAGUCUAUCCACCUCGUCCAUGGUUCCAGAGUAAAGGUGCACUUGACUAUCAUUCUUCUGUAUAUAUGAAAUAA